UUUGCAAGAUGGUGCAAGAGUUUCACGUUCUACGGUGCUUUUCUUGUGAGACAUUCCAAGUCCACCAGGUCAAAAAGAGUAACAAGUGGAACUGCAAGCUGUGUGGUGCAAAGCAGUCUGUCAGAAAGGAAUAUGGGCGAGGAUCUGGAGCAGACUGUAGGAGACAUGUACAGAAACUCAACAUGCUGAGAGCCACCAUGGACAGCGCACCGCCUACAUGUGAGGACACUGAUGUUUCAGAACAGGAUCCUGAGUGGCAGCCAGAUGCUGAAGAUGCUACAGAUCCUCAGUGUAGCUACCCAGAUCAUGGGCAGAAGUCCAGUAAAUGGGAGAAGUUUGUGGCCGCCUCAGACAGGACAGAUGACAAGGAUCCUUCUGACCCUGAAGACACACAGUUCACAACCGACAAGAACACAUUCCAACAGAAAAAAGGGAAAGGGAAAAGACAAGGAGAAAGAUCGAAUGACAGACAAGGCAAAAGACAGCGCUGUGAGGGUGUGGUUCCUGAUGUAUCUGCUAGGCCAUCACUUGUCCAGACAGCCUGGAGACAACCUACAACUGAAGAAGAGAGUUCUCCAAUGUUUCAGGAACAAAGAGGUUAUUCCAAUAACGCUUCACAUGACUCAUGGUACAAAGAUGAAAAUCAAGGCUUCCUAGAGAGCAACACAAAAUCUCAGGGUACUGCACAGCCAGCAUGGCAAGAGAUACAGUCAUCAUCAUGGUACAUACAGCAGUUAGAUACUACAAAGGUGACAUACAAAAGACAACAUCAGGACUUCACAGAGGAAAACACCCAACCACAAACCACAGGACACCCAACAUGGCAACACUUACAGACAACUAGCAUCACACCCUCCAGAGUAGCACUACCAGAAACUCUGAAAACAAAAGUUGAGGAAAGCAAGGAAGUUAAACAGCUUGGAGAGGAAGAGAGUUGGAACAACAAGAAAAAAGUGGACAAACGAAAGCCACGCUUGAUUGGACAAGGGCAGGGGUCAUUGCCCUCAAGUUCAGUGUCAAAUUCACGGUGGAGCAAGUUCACCAGCCAGCCAGCUGAUGCAGAAGUUGACACGGACGAUGAUGAUGAGACUGAACAUGUAGAGAACUAUGGUAAUAACUCCACCUACAGGGCAAAUGAUAGCUCCAAACUUGAAACUUCGAGCACACAAUAUACUGGAAUGGAAGACUGUCAAAUAGGACAACAUAGCAGGGGUUUGCAAGGGGUAUUGGGUUGCCAUGGUGAUGACCCCGCCCUUCAAAGAUGCAAUCAGCCAAUAGCAAAGCCUGCCUGUGACCCCCAGGAUGAAGUGAAGACCAGGAUGAUGGAUGAUACACAGAACGGUGGGGAGGUGUCGGUGCUGAGGACAGCUGGGUUCUGUACAGGAGAAGACCUGGAUGAUGUGCUUGGAGAGGAUGUUUGGGAUCUGUGACACAGAUAAAUGAGAAAUAGAUGAUUGUUGAUAACGCCACAG